AUAAAGGCGCGACACGCAAACAUGGCGGCGUCUACGGAAGAUGAUUUCGAGUUUAAUACUCAGGACUACUAUUCUCUUCUCAACGUGAGGAAAGAGGCCACAUUGGAGGAGCUGAAAGCUUCGUAUCGGAGGCUAUGUAUGCUGUAUCAUCCUGACAAACAUCGGGACCCUGAACUAAAAAGACAGGCGGAGCAGCUUUUCAAUCAGGUUCACCAAGCCUAUGAAGUGCUGAGUGACGCUCACUCCAGAGCCAUCUAUGACAUCUUUGGGAAGAAAGGGCUGGAGGUGGAAGGCUGGGAGGUGGUGGAGAGGAAGAGGACACCUGCGGAAAUUAGAGAGGAAUAUGAAAGGCUUCAGAGAGAAAAAGAAGAGAGACGGCUGCAGCAAAGAACUAAUCCCAAGGGCACAAUAAGUGUUGGCGUGGAUGCAACAGACCUGUUUGAUCGCUAUGACGAUGAUUUUGAGGAGAUGCCUGGAGGAGGCUUCCCUCAUAUAGAGAUUAACCGGAUGCAUAUUUCUCAGUCUAUUGAGGCGCCUCUGACAAACACCGACACAGCAAUGCUGUCUGGUUCUCUGUCUACGCACAACGGGAGCGGAGGGGGCAACAUCAAUGUGACCGUACGCAGAGUGACAUCAGCUAAAGGCUGGGGAGAGCUGGAGUUUGGUGCUGGAGACAUACUGGGGCCUCUCGUCGGGUUAAAGUUGUUUCGUAACGUUACUUCGCGGUGUUUCCUCACGGCUCAGUGCGGAUUGCAGUUCUCGCCUCGAGGGCUGCGACCGAGCUGUUCUCUGAUGGCGGCGCGUCAUCUGGACCAGAACACGAUGGGUUACCUUCAGUGGCGCUGGGGGCCCAACAGCGCCAUGACCACCAGCCUGGUCAGAGACACAAAGAGGAGCCACUUUACUUUAGCUCUGCAGCUGGGUGUGCCUCAUUCCUAUUUAAUGAUGAGCUACCAGUUCAAGUUCCAGGAUGAGGACCAGACCAAAGUGAAAGGCUCCCUUAAGACUGGCUGGUUUGGUGUGGUGGUAGAGUACGGAGCAGAGAGGAAGAUCAGCCGUCACAGUGUUUUGUCAGCCACUGUCAGCAUCGGCGUCCCGCAGGGAGUCACGCUCAAGAUUAAGUUGUCGCGCGCUAGUCAGACGUACCUGUUCCCAGUCCACCUGACAGACCAGCUGCUGCCUAGUGCUGUCUUCUAUGCCACCGUUGGACCUCUCCUGGCCUACAUCGCCGUCCACAGACUGAUCAUAAUCCCCUACACAAAAGCACAGAAAGAGCAAGAGCUGGAGCUGCAGAGGAAGAGCUCCGCCACAGACAUCGCCAAAAAGAAGCAGGAGGCUGAGACUGCUGUUCUGCUGAUGCAGGAGUCUGUGAGGAGAAUCAUAGAAGCAGAAGAAUCCAAAAUGGGCCUGAUCAUCUUGAACGGCUGGUACGGAAAGUUUGUCUCAGACACCAGCCAGAAGCAGGAAAAAGCCAAGGUGAUUGACGUCACCGUGCCGCUGCAGUGCCUGGUCAAAGACUCCAAGCUCAUCCUCACCGAGGCGUCUAAGGCUGGUCUGCCAGGCUUUUACGACCCCUGCGUGGGAGAGGAAAAAAGUCUGAAAUUACUGUACCAGUUCAGAGGGGUCAUGCAUCAAGUCAUCUCCGCAGACACCGAGCCACUACGGAUACCCAAGCAAUCUCAUAGAAUUGAAUCCGAAUCCUAGGAGCCCUCUGCUGUCGACAUAGGAGGAUUUAACAACUGUGUUCACGGAAGAACCCAAGACUAGAAGGGAUGGAUUAAAAAAAAAA